UCCAGCAAAAAAGAGUUGGCAACACUGUUUUUCAGAUGUCACUUCUCAGUCACAAAAGUCAAAAAUAUAAAUAAAAAAGGUAAAUAGAAGAAGUAAUCGUAUUUACGUGAAAAGCAAUUGGUUGUCCUCAUAGAAACAUAUAUAAAUGAAGAGUUAUUAAGAGUUUGAAGUGAAUACAAAAUGACCUCAAGUCGGCCCUAUGUUACUGGACACAAGCCAGAUGGAAGAGUUGUGGACCCAUCUAUUACAGAAGCACAAACAAGAUCUGACGAGACAAUAGACUUGAUAUCUAGAUAUGACCACUUAUAUGACAAACUCAUCAUAAAGAGAAAAUACUUUAAAAAGUUACGAAAAAUUUACAAACUAUAUGGGGAUAAAAUAUUCCAUAACACUUGUAAUGAAAUGAUAUUACAUGAAAAUAUUGAUUUUAUAAAAAAAUCAACUCCAAUGUUCAAUUCUCAACACCUUUCGGUUGAUGUUAUUCAGAAAAAUGGAGAAGACAUUCUUAUAGUUAAAAGAGAUAAUCCAAGGGCUCCUGUGGUAAAGCUCCUUUCAGCAGAAGAGUGUUUUUCAGUCAUUCUCAAAGCACAUAAAGAGAGUAAUCAUGGCAAUGCAGAAGUAAUCAGGAAUCUUACUGAACAUCAGUACAGAUACCCACAGUUUUGUAUACCUUUAGUAUUACAAUCUUGUAAUGUAUGUAAGGAAGUUUCAAAGUCAUAUAACGUUAUGGUAUGUAAAGAAAUAGAAACUGACAAAUCCAUAUGGAAAUUAGCAAUACACAGAAUGGAAACAAAUAAAAUUGGUAAAUAUUUAUAUUUUUUUGUCUAUGUGGAAGUUGUUACAACAUACAUAAUAAUUAGACCGCUUACAAAACUGGUUGUUGAAGAAUUGGGUAUGGAAUUAAUGAAAAUAUUCACUACAUUUGGACCACCAAAGAAAAUAUUGACAGCCAGAGACUACGAGCAUUUAGUUAAGAGAACUUUGAAUAUGAUGGGUGCCAUGGAUGAGAGGUACACGGCACUUGUAGAAAGGUGUCAGGAUUACAUAUUCGAUAUUGCUUCUGUAUUAGUGGCAAUGAAAAAAUGGUUCAAACAAAGUGGCUCCAAUGACUGGGUCACAGCUUGUAGCUUAGUGCAAUGGCAGCUGAACACAUCCGUUAGACUGAUAUCUCGGAAUGAUGGACAGCAGGUAAAAGCUGGUAUUCCAUACAAUUUGUUUUUUGGGAGCAAAGCUAACACAUUUAACCACAUUAGUGACGAUGUAGUUGCUGAGCAACUUAGUCCAAAAUCUCAUAAUCCGAUCAUAUUAGAAAUAGGAUCGGGUAAGACCUCUAAAGUGACAGAUCAAAUACUUGAUUUGAGUUCUGAUGAAAGUGGUGAUGAGUCUUCAGCAUGUGGUGUAUGUAAGGAAGAGUUUGCAUUGUACAAUUGUUUGACGUGCGAUAAGCCUGUUCAUUAUAAAUGCGGCCGCAAGAUUCCACAAGACAUUUCUACUCCCGUCAAAGACACCGCAAGAAUUGUGUGUAAAUCUUGUUGAUUUGUAUUAAAAUAAAGCAUAAGUACACAUGUUUUGAAAU